CAGAUCCCCGCCUGCACGGCUGCUGACUUAAAAUGGCAGAUGGAGCAAAGGUGUUCAAGAAGACAAGCCCCAACAGCAAGCUAUCCAUCUACCUGGGGAAGAGGGACUUUGUGGAUCACGUGGACUCAGUGGAUUCUGUAGAUGGCGUCUGCCUGAUUGACCCGGAGUACCUAAAGGACAGAAAAGUGUACGUGACACUGACUUGUGCGUUUCGCUACGGCCGAGAUGACCUUGAUGUUAUCGGGUUGACCUUCAGGAAGGAUCUCUAUGUUCUGACCACCCAGAUCUUCCCACCGGUGCCGGACCAGGCACCCAAAACCCUCACUCCUUUGCAGGAGAAGCUGCUGAAGAAGCUCGGGGAGAACGCCUACCCCUUCACCUUCGAGAUUGCCACCAACCUGCCCUGCUCGGUCACCCUGCAGCCAGGACCAGACGAUGUGGGAAAGGCCUGCGGCGUGGACUUUGAGGUCAAAGGAUUUUGUGCUGAAAAUCUGGAGGAGAAAAUUCACAAGAGGAACUCGGUGCGCCUCAUCAUCCGCAAGAUCCAGUUUGCACCCCUGAAGACAGGGCCACCCCCGAAGUCGGAGACCACCCGGCAGUUCAUGAUGUCCGACAAGCCCCUGCACCUCGAAGCUUCCCUGGAUAAGGAGAUCUACUACCAUGGAGACCCCAUCAAUGUAACCGUCAACAUUAACAACACCACCAACAAGAUCGUGAAAAAAAUUAAGAUCUCAGUUGAUCAGAUCACAGACGUGGUCCUCUAUUCGCUGGAUAAAUACACAAAGACUGUGUGCACUGAGGAGAUAAA